GAGAGGGAGCCGGAGGAGAGAGGGGCCGAGGAGCAGAAGCGGGAGAGGGAGAGCGAGCCAGCCGGGAAGAAGCGCCCCAGAGUCUCUCACACCAGAGAGAGAGAGAGAAACAACCGAUGAGGGAUUUUUUUUUUUUUUCGAGCCCCUGUCACUCCGCCCCCGGAGAGCCGCAGGAAGGAUCACCACCAUCACCCCAACUCUGAGGUUUCCUUACAAGAAGUUAGGGACUUAAGCAGGACUGCCAUCGGAGGGAAAUGCUAUGCCGGAUGCGGUGGAACAUACCCCUGAGCUGAGCAAGUGCGGCUGGAUGCCGUGCGUGCCAAAUACCAGAAGAGCCCAGACCCCCUGGGCAAUCGAGGAGACGGAAUGUGGGGGGAGAAUAGCGACAAAUCUGUGAAUUUGUUCUCCGGAGUUGCUAAUUUGCCAGCCCGAAGCAACACAUUUCACCGGGAGGAAACGUUUGGCUGCUCCUGAUUCCUCCCCCAAACUGGUGCUUACCAGAUGCAUGGCUUUCUAUGUGUGGGAACAGAGCGUUCCUAACUGCAGCAGCAUACCGGGGAAGGGGAAAGGUUGAGGCAACUAACUGGCUGUCUCCAAAUAAGCGAUGAGAUGUAAUGCAUCCUCCAGCCCAUGCACGCUUCCUCUUGCAAGCCGUGCACCCUUCCUCAGUGGGAACCUUUAAGCCCUAGCAUUCGGGAAAAGAAAAUAAAUACAUUAUCAUGGACCUGAGGGAUUUUUACCUGUUGGCUGCUCUGAUUGCCUGUUUAAGGCUGGAUUCCGCAAUAGCUCAAGAACUUAUUUACACGAUUAGAGAGGAAUUGCCUGAAAAUGUGCCCAUAGGAAACAUACCAAAGGACCUGAACAUUUCUCACAUCAAUGCUGCCACGGGGACCAGCGCCAGUCUUGUCUACAGACUGGUUUCUAAAGCUGGGGAUGCCCCUUUGGUGAAAGUGUCCAGCAGCACUGGGGAGAUUUUCACAACCUCCAACAGAAUAGACAGAGAGAAACUCUGUGCGGGCGCCUCGUAUGCUGAGGAGAAUGAGUGUUUCUUUGAACUUGAGGUGGUGAUCCUCCCCAAUGAUUUUUUCAGGCUGAUCAAAAUAAAAAUAAUUGUGAAGGAUACCAAUGACAAUGCCCCCAUGUUUCCAUCCCCGGUCAUCAAUAUCUCGAUUCCAGAAAACACUUUGAUCAACAGCCGCUUUCCAAUCCCAUCGGCCACAGAUCCCGACACAGGCUUCAACGGGGUUCAGCAUUACGAAUUGUUAAAUGGGCAGAGUGUGUUUGGACUGGAUAUUGUGGAAACUCCGGAGGGGGAGAAGUGGCCGCAAUUGAUUGUUCAGCAAAACUUGGACAGAGAACAGAAAGAUACCUAUGUGAUGAAAAUCAAGGUGGAGGAUGGGGGCACCCCGCAGAAGUCCAGCACGGCCAUCCUGCAGGUCACAGUGAGCGAUGUGAACGACAACAGGCCGGUGUUUAAGGAGGGUCAGGUGGAGGUCCACAUCCCAGAGAACGCUCCCGUGGGCACCUCUGUGAUUCAGCUCCACGCCACGGACGCAGACAUAGGCAGCAACGCUGAAAUCCGGUACAUUUUUGGUGCCCAGGUCGCCCCUGCUACCAAAAGGCUCUUUGCUUUAAACAACACCACCGGGCUCAUCACUGUCCAGAGGUCCUUAGAUCGAGAGGAGACGGCCAUCCACAAAGUGACAGUGCUGGCCAGUGACGGCAGCUCCACGCCCGCCCGAGCCACCGUCACCAUCAACGUGACGGACGUCAACGACAACCCUCCCAACAUAGACCUCAGGUACAUCAUAAGCCCCAUCAACGGCACGGUGUACCUGUCCGAGAAAGACCCCGUCAACACCAAGAUUGCCCUGAUCACGGUCUCCGACAAGGACACGGACGUGAACGGCAAAGUGAUCUGCUUCAUUGAGAGGGAGGUCCCGUUCCACCUGAAGGCCGUGUACGACAACCAGUAUCUGCUGGAGACCUCCUCCCUGCUGGACUACGAGGGCACCAAAGAAUUCAGCUUUAAGAUCGUGGCCUCGGACUCGGGGAAGCCCAGUCUGAACCAGACCGCGCUGGUGAGGGUCAAGCUGGAGGACGAGAAUGACAACCCGCCCAUCUUCAGCCAGCCUGUCAUCGAGCUGUCCGUCUCCGAGAACAACCGGCGGGGGCUCUACCUCACCACGAUCAGUGCCACCGACGAGGACAGCGGGAAGAACGCAGACAUCGUGUACCAGCUGGGCCCCAACGCCUCCUUCUUUGACCUGGACCGCAAGACGGGGGUCCUGACCGCCUCCAGGGUCUUCGACCGGGAGGAGCAGGAGCGCUUCAUCUUCACGGUCACGGCCAGGGAUAACGGGACGCCGCCGCUGCAGAGCCAGGCGGCCGUCAUCGUCACGGUGCUGGACGAGAACGACAACAGCCCCAAGUUCACGCACAACCACUUCCAGUUCUUCGUGUCGGAGAACCUGCCCAAGUACAGCACGGUGGGCGUGAUCACCGUGACGGACGCCGACGCCGGCGACAACAAGGCCGUGACCCUCUCCAUCCUGCACGACCACGACAACUUCGUGCUGGACCCCGCCUCGGGGGUCAUCCGGUCCAACGUGUCGUUCGACCGCGAGCAGCAGAGCUCCUACACCUUCGACGUGAAGGCCACGGACGGCGGGCAGCCGGCGCGCUCCUCCACGGCCAAGGUCACCAUCAACGUGAUGGACGUGAACGACAACAGCCCCGUGGUCAUCUCGCCGCCGUCCAACACGUCCUUCCGGCUGGUGCCGCUGUCCGCCAUCCCGGGCUCCGUGGUGGCCGAGGUGUUCGCCGUGGACAUCGACACGGGCAUGAACGCCGAGCUCAAGUACACCAUCGUGAGCGGCAACGGCAAGGGCCUCUUCCGCAUCGACCCGGUCACGGGCAACAUCACGCUGGAGGAGAAGCCCUCGGCGGGGGACGUGGGGCUGCACCGCCUGGUGGUGAACAUCAGCGACCUGGGCUACCCCCGGGCCCUGCACACGCUCGUGCUCGUCUUCCUUUAUGUCAACGACACGGCCGGCAACGCCUCCCACAUCCACGACCUCAUCCGCAGGACCCUGGAGACGCCCCUGGACAGGAACAUCGGGGACAGCAGCCAGCCCUACCAGAACGAGGACUACCUCACCAUCCUGAUCGCCGUGGUGGCCGGGGCCAUGGUGGUGCUGGCCGUCAUCUUCGUGACCGUGCUGGUGCGCUGCCGCCACGCGUCCCGCUUCAAGGCGGCGCAGCAGCGGGGCAAGCAGGGGGGCGCCGCCGCCGAGUGGAUGUCCCCCAACCAGGACGGGGGCAAGCAGGGCAAGAAGAAGAAGAGGAAGAAGAGGAGGUCCCCCAAGAGCUCCCUGCUGAACUUUGUCACCAUCGACGAGUCCAAACGCUGCGACGAUGACGACGACGACGCCGCGGCGCACCAGCCCAUCAACGGGACCAUCAGCAGCCUGCCCGCCGCCGAGCUGGAGGAGCAGGGCCUGGGCCGCUUCGACUGGGGCCCCGCGCCGCCCACCACCACCUUCAAGCCCGGCAGCCCGGACCUGGCCAAGCACUACAAGUCCGCCUCCCCGCAGCCCGCCUUCCACCUCAAGCCCGACACCCCGCUGUCCGGCAAGAAGCACCACGUGAUCCAGGAGCUCCCCCUGGACAACACCUUCGUCGGCGGGGGCUGCGACACGCUUUCCAAACGCUCCUCCACUAGCUCAGAUCACUUCAGUGCCUCGGAGUGCAGCUCCCAAGGAGGCUUCAAGACAAAGGGCCCCUUACACACCAGACAGUGUAACUCACACAGCAAAAGUGACAAUAUUCCUGUCACUCCUCAGAAAUGUCCCAGCUCCGCGGGUUUCCACAUGCAGGAGAAUGAAGAAAGCCAUUAUGAGUCGCAGCGGCGCGUUACCUUUCACCUGCCCGACGGCUCCCAGGAAAGCUGCAGUGACAGUGGUCUAGGCGACCACGAGCCGGUGGGUAGUGGAACCCUGAUCUCACACCCUCUUCCUCUGGUUCAGCCACAGGACGAGUUCUACGACCAGGCCUCUCCGGACAAGAGGACCGAAGCGGACGGCAACUCUGACCCCAACUCCGAUGGGCCUCUGGGCCCCCGAGGAUUAGCUGAAGCUACAGAGAUGUGCACUCAGGAGUGCUUGGUUUUGGGUCACUCUGAUAAUUGCUGGAUGCCUCCUGGCUUAGGUCCAUAUCAACACCCCAAAUCUCCUCUCUCAACUUUUGCACCCCAGAAAGAAUGGGUCAAGAAGGACAAGCUUGUGAAUGGGCACACCCUUACCAGAGCCUGGAAAGAAGACAGCAACAGGAACCAGUUCAACGACCGGAAGCAGUUUGGCUCCAAUGAAGGCCAUUUCAACAAUGGCAGCCACAUGACAGACAUUCCUCUGGCCAACCUGAAGUCUUAUAAGCAACAAGGAGGUGUUAUGGAGAGUCCGAAGGAACACCAACUCUAAAAAAUAAAACAAAAUAAAAAAAAUAAAAAAAUAAAAAAAGGCUGUAUGGGACCUAAUAACUUUAAUCUAAAUAGACAUGCUAAUACUGUGUGUGUCAGAGCUUUAUGUAUUCAAUAGAUCUCUACAACUAUGCCCCUUGUAGCAGGGAUAUUCAUAACUUUGUGUUAGCACCAUGGAGGAUACAAUGUUUUACAGCGUAAGAGAGAAGGUAUUGAUAGUUCUAUUAGCCACGUGAUCUUGUUUACUAGAAUUGGUUAAACUCUCCAGAGAUCUCUCCAUUGUGCAAAUAUUCUGUUUUUCUCUCAUUGCAUUUUAUUUUGACCCUGGACUGCUGCUAUGAACAAUAGAAUGUGCAUUUGGAGAGUAAGAAAGUUCCAUGGAUUAGAAUGACUGACAAAUAUAUCCAGUUAGAGAAUUGUGCUCUUUUUGUCAUUGAUUUGUGCUGGGACUGCUAUACUUGACAUUAUACUUCAAAUAAAACUUAAAAAGAUAAGCAUUAAACCUAUUGUGCUGUUAACAACGUUAGUGGACACUUGUAAGUCAGUGUUAAAGUAUUUGUAAAUAGAAGCAAGUUAUUAUUAACAACUUUUGUGUACUUAUAAUGUUCGCCUAAAAAAUGUGUAGCAUAAUUCUGUGUUUUAUAGUUGCUUCUUUCCUUUUUUUUUUUUUUCUUUUCUUUUUUUUCUUUCAUUUGCCUCUGUCAUUAUUUUGUUGUUUCUUUUAGGUGAGGUGUUUCUGCGUUAGUAGUCUGUCUUGACACACAUUGUUCCGAGGAUCUCAAACACUUGCUUUUUGAAAAAGGUUCUGGAUUCUUGCUUCUUUUAUGAUAGCUUAUAAUGCCAAGAUUCUGUAUAACAUAAAGCUCCAAAGUAAAAACUUUAUAUAAAAAAAUGAUUUCUGUAAAAGCUUGAAAAUUCAGAACCUAUUUUCUUUACAUUCUUAUUUUCAAAGUAGGCAAAAGCAAAUCACUUAAUUAGUAUUAAGUGAAAGAGUUAUUGUUCAGAAAGUGAUAUAAUAUCCUGUACUUGUCACUCAGUAAAAACUAAUAUAUCAAAAUUAGCAUAUAUUAAAAAAUACUAUUUAAAAAUAGUUUAAAUUGGGCAAAUGUGUGUCUACAAGUUUGUUGAAAUGGCAGAGUUUGUGUUGAUCCUCAUAUACAAUAAUGUUGUUGUAACACAAGUGUUAGACCAUAGCCACAAAAUAUUUAAUGUGUUGUGCCUUCAUGAUGUAACAGAACAUUCUCCAGGUAGGCUAGUUGGGGGAAAUAAAGGGAUAAAACUCUAAUUAUUGCUGUUUAACUGUUUGUUAUCAUAAUUGGUCAAUGCCUGGCAGGUACCAGCAUCUCGUCACUUAAGUCAAACCAAGAGAGUGACAACUAUCAGUAAUGUUAAUAAGAUCUCAGUUGCACGUGCAAACAAAUCCAAAUUUGAACAUUCUUAGGAGGUUUUUGUUAAGGCAUGACAGAUGAUUUAAACAAAUAAAUAGCAUGCAACAAAUUGUCUUUAUUGAAAGAAGUGAAAGUUAUCUUAAUGCCACAUUUCAACAUCAGUUUAAAAGUGAAAAAAUAAAAUGAAAUAAAAAAAGGUUUGCUAAUCUGAUAGUUAAUUUGUUACCAAAAAUAAAAUUACUUUGUAAAUAGCAAUUCACAUUUUUUCACAGUAUAAUGGAAAAUAAUGGGUAGGGGUGCAUUGCUUAUUGCAGUACAUUUUUGUCGGUUUGUGAGGGGUGUUUGAUGACUUUGACAGAAUAAAUAUCUAAACAAUUAUCCUUGUUACUGCUUUGCCAGUUCUACGUUAUUUACAAUUAUUCAGCUCUUGCAAUAAACGUUCUGAAUUCCU